AUGUUGGCAACAAGACAGGUUCUCGCUGCUGCGCAGCGGCGAGCAUUCACCGGCAUGGGCAUUCGCACAAUGGCCACUGUUGGUGAUUCCCCGCUUGAUAAACAAGUGAGACAAAAUAUCCACGAAAAGAACAACUUCAUCAACUACAAGAAGAUGUCCGAGAACCUCUCAAUUGUUCGUCAAAGAUUAAACCGUCCUUUGGCCUACGCUGAGAAGAUUCUCUACUCCCAUUUGGAUGAUCCUCACGGUCAAGAGAUUGAGCGUGGUGUAUCAUACCUCAAACUUAGACCCGACAGAGUGGCUUGUCAAGAUGCCACGGCUCAAAUGGCUAUCUUGCAAUUCAUGUCCGCUGGCAUGCCUUCCGUCGCAAACCCUACCACCGUCCACUGUGAUCAUUUGAUUGAGGCACAAGUUGGAGGUGCUAAGGAUCUUACUCGGGCUAUUGAUAUCAACAAGGAAGUCUACGAUUUCCUUUCUACUUCGUGCGCAAAAUACAAUAUUGGUUUCUGGAAGCCAGGUUCUGGUAUCAUUCAUCAAAUUCUCCUCGAGAACUACGCUUUCCCAGGUGGUCUCCUCAUCGGUACCGAUUCCCACACACCAAACGCUGGUGGUCUCGGAAUGUGCGCUAUUGGUGUAGGUGGAGCUGAUGCUGUCGAUGUCAUGGCCAACCUUCCUUGGGAGUUGAAGGCACCAAAGGUUAUUGGUGUUAAGCUCACUGGUCAACUCUCCGGCUGGGCUACUCCAAAGGAUAUUAUCCUUAAGGUUGCUGGUAUCUUGACUGUCAAGGGUGGAACUGGUGCUAUUGUCGAAUACUUCGGUCCAGGUACCGAGACUAUCUCUGCUACUGGUAUGGGUACGAUCUGUAACAUGGGUGCUGAAAUUGGUGCAACCACUUCUCUCUUCCCAUUCAACGACCGUAUGUACGAUUACCUCGCUGCUACCAAGCGUACCGAAAUUGGAGACUUUGCUCGCACAUACGCCAAGGAACUCAGAGAGGAUGAAGGUGCACAAUACGAUCAAUUGAUUGAGAUCAACCUUUCUGAGCUCGAGCCACACAUCAACGGACCAUUCACCCCAGAUCUUGCUACCCCAAUCUCCAAGUUCAGUGAGGCCGUCAAGGCUAACAACUGGCCUGAGGAAUUGAAGGUCGGACUUAUUGGUUCUUGCACAAACUCCUCUUACGAGGAUAUGUCUCGUGCUGCUUCUAUCGCUGAAGAUGCCAUGGCUCAUGGUGUUAAGGCAAAGGCUCUCUUCACUGUUACUCCUGGUUCCGAACAAAUUCGUGCUACUAUCGAGCGUGAUGGUCAAUUGAAGACUUUCGAGGACUUCGGAGGUAUGGUUUUGGCUAACGCAUGUGGUCCAUGUAUCGGGCAAUGGGACAGGCGUGACGUACCCAAAGGAGUUGCUAACUCCAUUAUCUCGUCCUACAACCGUAAUUUCACUGGACGUAACGAUGCCAACCCAGCUACUCACUCCUUCGUCGCGUCCCCAGAUCUCGUAGUCGCUAUGACUAUCGCUGGUUCCCUCCACUUCAACCCUCUUACCGAUACCUUGAAGGGUAAGGAUGGAAAGGAAUUCAAGUUGUCCCCACCCACUGGUGAUGGAUUGCCAUCAAGGGGAUAUGACCCAGGACAAGAUACCUACCAAGCACCACCUGCUGAGCGUGCUUCAGUCAAUGUUGCCGUUUCCCCAACCAGUGACCGUCUUCAACUCCUCGAGCCAUUCAACGCAUGGGAUGGAAAGGAUGCUUUGGAUAUGCCAAUCUUGAUCAAGGCCAAGGGAAAGACCACCACUGAUCACAUCUCUAUGGCUGGUCCUUGGCUCAAGUACCGUGGACAUUUGGACAACAUCUCCAACAACAUGUUGAUUGGUGCCAUUAACAGUGCUAACGGUGAGGCCAACAAGGUCAAGAACUUCACCACUGGUGAAUUCGAUGCCGUCCCAGCUACUGCCAGAGAUUACAAGAAGAAGGGUAUCAGAUGGGUUGUUAUUGGUGACUGGAACUACGGUGAGGGAAGUUCAAGAGAACACGCUGCUCUUGAGCCAAGACAUCUUGGAGGUCUUGCCAUCAUUACCAAGUCUUUCGCCCGUAUUCACGAGACCAACUUGAAGAAGCAAGGAAUGCUUCCUUUGACUUUCAUCAACCCAGAUGACUAUGAUAAGAUCGAUCCAUAUGACAAGGUCGACCUUUUGUGCACUGAGAUCGCUGUUGGCAAGCCAAUGACCCUCAGAGUUCACCCCAAGUCCGGCGAGUCAUUCGACAUCAAGCUCGCACACACCUUCAACGCUCCACAAAUUGAAUGGUUCAAGAACGGAAGCGCCUUGAACACAAUGGCAAAGAUGAAUGCAUAAAUCAUUAAAAUAACAUUUGGGUGCGGUUGUGGUGUUGGGCGGUGGUUUACGAGAAUUAAAUUUUUCUGGGCUUUCGGAGCUAAUGGGUUGCUCUGGUCUGCUACUGUAUUUUGUUCAUCACAGUGGGCCACUUUUUUUUAGUUUCUGCUUUUACAGUUUAUUCUCGUACAUUAGGCCUCCUUUUUUAUGUUAAAAUGUAUGAAAUUCCCAGAUGGGAAAAUGCUAUGAUAAUCAACGUUUUGCGCUAUGGAUUUUUAUCGAAUGAUUGUGAAAUGGAAGAAAACUUGUUCUUUUUGAAUGUCUGAAUCUAUGAGGAGAAC